AUAACAUUACUAUUUGCAAUUACAUGGACAAAAUUUAAAUAAAACCCUCUAAAUAAUGCAGACCACUGUAAAAUUUAUGGUAAAUAAUGAAACGAAAAAGUGUAAAUUUAGCCUUGAGAUUGCACUUUUUGACACGAUUUUUUGCAGGAGAAAUUGUCAACCGCCAUAUAAAGAGCAUUAAGCAACAUUUAAGACUUGUAUUCUUAUCAUCAGGAAAAGUUAAUCAAAAUUCGAUAUUACAAAAAUGACGCGUUACCGCUCGUACUACGCGACGAAGGAUACCAACGACGGCGCUGACAUGUUCGACGAGUAUGACCCGACGCCGUACGAGGGCGGGUACGACAUGGGAUUGACGUAUGGCCGGCCUCUACAACCUACGAAGACGUGCUACCGCCACUCGUCGGGGUCGGCCUCCGAUGAUAGCAAUGAGCCGGAGUUCCCGUCGUGCAAGGAGUCGUCUGCAUACGACGAGGAGGCCGUGAAAGAGGAGUACAGCAGCUACGCCCGACCGUCGCACGAGGGCGACCAGUACAAUAUUGGGAAACAGAAUAUGGGUGGUGGGAAAGAGAAGGGGUAUGGAGAAGGGCGGAAAAGCAGGUCUUUUGACGACGAGGAGAGUACUCCUGCAGGGGAAGGAGGCUAUGGUCGCAAGAAAUAUUCUACGUCUCCUGGUGGCAGUCGAUCAUCAUGGUGGCCGGGAUGCUGUACUAGCGACCAAGCAAUUCAGUAACUAAUAUCCGUCGGGUACUCAUGUCCUGUGCCAUCCUUCUUAAAUUGAUCUUAUGGCAUUGUUCACUGCUUAGAUUGAUUGCAAAUUUGUCUCGACACCCUAUGAAAAUGUACGUAUACAAAUCGCUUGGGUGCAGUGGAAUCAACUUUUUGUUGUUUUAUUGCCUUGAAGAAUACUUACAUAGAUCGUCCUCCGCUCAAAGUUUUCGAAGCCAAAUUAAGUGAUUCGAGCAAAGAUGGUGUCAAAAUUGUUCGAACACAUCACUUUAAAGAAACUUGGGUCCAUUCAACUACA